UGUGUAUCCCUUCCAUUUUCUCAUUAUUCGAUGUCUAUCGACCGACACAGUUGCUUGUGAUAACGGUGGCGGCACUGUUCGACCAGCGCCCGUAUGGAAAAUGGCGGCCGCCUAACCGACAACGCACGAUCUCCUGAUGUGAUUGUGAGCCGAGCGUGCACAAGAGGAGAUUACGACGGAAAAGGGAGACUAACGACAUUAUACGAAAGUGACAACAAUGGCAAUGUCGAAUCUCUACUCGAAGAUCUCUACUAAGCCAAUGAAGCGUUUUCAGGACAACGUCACGGUCAAACAAACCAAUGCUUGGAUGAACGCGGAAUCUCCAAGUAAUACAUCAGAUUCACCAUCAUCAGUGAGUCCACUCUCUUCAUCUAUUGUAUUACAACGCGAAGGAACUACAGUUAAUCAACCAUUGAGUGCACCUGCGUCACCUUUGUCUUCCUUAUCAUCACCCGUGACUCAAUUAAAUUUACCAUCACCCGGAGAUUGCACCCAAGAUCCUAAUUGGCAAGCAACAAAACCUACAGUUCGAGAACGAAACGCGGCUAUGUUUAAUAAUCAUCUCAUGGCCGAUAUUAUAUUUAUCGUUGGCAGUCCAGGUCACACACAAACAAUACCAGCACAUAAAUAUGUUCUUGCUACUGGCAGUUCUGUAUUUUAUGCUAUGUUCUACGGAGGGUUACCUGAAAAUAAAAGAGAUAUAGAAGUGCCUGAUGUUGAACCAGCAGCUUUUCUUGCAUUAUUGAGAUAUAUGUAUUGUGACGAAGUGCAGCUAGAAGCAGAUACAGUUCUAGCGACAUUGUACGUCGCGAAAAAAUAUAUAGUUCCACACCUGGCACGGGCGUGUGUCAAUUAUUUAGAGACGAGUCUUACAGCAAAAAACGCAUGUUUGCUUCUGAGUCAAUCUCGCCUAUUUGAAGAACCUAAUCUCAUGCAACGUUGCUGGGAGGUGAUUGAUGCACAAGCAGAAAUGGCACUAAGAUCUGAUGGUUUUGUGGAUAUUGAUAUUCAUACACUCGAGUCUGUUUUAUCUCGAGAAACAUUAAAUUGCAAAGAAAUUCAUAUAUGGGAUGCUGCAUUACGAUGGGCUUCUGCAGAAUGCAUACGGCAAGAUCUUGAGCCUAUUCCUGCCAAUCAAAGGCAAUUAUUAGGAUCUGCCUUAUAUUUAAUUAGACUUCCUGCUAUGAAUCUUGAAGAGUUCGCAAACAGUGCAGCACAGACAGGAAUCCUAACACAUCAAGAAACAAUCGACUUAUUUUUGUACUUUACGGCCAGUAACAAACCACAACUUUGUUUUGCUACCAAGCCACGUCAAGGACUGAAAACUCAGGUUUGCCAUAGAUUUCAAUCCUGUGCAUAUAGGUCAAAUCAAUGGCGAUACAGAGGUCGUUGCGACUCAAUUCAGUUCAGUGUUGAUAAGAGAAUAUUUGUGAUAGGUUUUGGGCUAUAUGGAAGCUCGUCUGGUGCUUCCGAUUAUAAUGUUAAAAUAGAACUUAAGAGACUCGGAAAUAUUUUGGCAGAGAAUAACACUAAAUUCUUCUCUGAUGGUUCGAGUAACACAUUUCAUGUAUAUUUUGAAAAUCCGAUACAAAUCGAGCCAGAAUGUUCAUACACAGCAAGCGCAAUAUUAGACGGUGGAGAAUUGAGUUUUUUUGGUCAAGAAGGUAUGUCGGAAGCAACAGUUGGCAGUGUGAAUUUUCAAUUUCAGUGUAGUUCUGAAAGUACUAAUGGUACCGGUGUCCAAGGAGGCCAAAUCCCUGAAUUAAUUUUCUAUGGGCCACCAUCAGAUGAUUAACGGAAAAUCGCAACAGAAUUUAUGGUUUAGUUAUUGAUUUACAACAAAAAAUAUUUAGAUAACAUUCGUUGGGAAUUAUAGUCCGCAGAUAAAGCUUUGAAAUAUAAAGAAAAAAAUGUA